AUGAACGACGAUUUUCGUAAAAUUCUCAUAGGACUGCUGAUUUUUGCAAUGAUUGUGGCGUUUAUAUCGAAUCUGAAACAGCCGCAAGUACGCCUAUUCAGUUACCACUUUAACGAUCCAUUUGCUCCCAAAGAAAGGGUAUAUUUGAGCUCGCGGCUGGAACGAAGUGUGCGUGAAGACCUGCGGAAAUCGAACUCACCGACUAAUGAGACAGAAUUCGCGCAGUUGGUCAACAGCAGUAUUCGUGAUCUGCGCGAAUACGGCUUUAAUGUGGAGCUCAGCAAAAGGAUAUCCUAUAUACAUGGAUUGCCAGACGUGCGCAACGAACAAUGCAAGGAGCUGAGCUACCAGAAAAGUGGUUCCAUGCGGGCCAGUGUAAUUGUUAUAUUUGAGAACACGCCAAUAUCGCUGCUCCUCCGCACAUUGUACAGCAUUAUAGAGCGGACCGAUGCGGCUCUGCUCCAAGAAGUCAUUCUGGUUGAUGGCGGGAGCACACAGACCGAGUUGCGCGACAAACUGAGGUACUAUGUGAGCACGCGGUUCAGCAGGGGUACGGGUAUACCGGUUAGGUUGGAACGCAUUGAGAAACCUGUGGGCAUAUCAGAGUCGCGCCUAAUUGGUGCAAGGCUGGCCACGGGUGAGGUUCUCAUUUUUAUGGAUGGCUACUGCCAGCCUAAUGUAGGCUGGCUGGAACCCCUAAUGCAACGGAUCGCCGAGUCCCCUCAAAGUGUCGUAAUGCCUGUUAUGGACGAAAUCAAUGCGAUUUAUCUGCAGUAUAGGGAGAAGCCCACCACCAUUGGCGGCUUCAGCUGGAAUGGUGAGUACUACAUGGAACCGGUUUCAAAGAAGCGCCUAGCAGCUGCCAACCAGACUUGUCAGCAACCUCUGCCCACUUGUCCCAUUGAGAGUCCGGUAAUUCCGCCAGGCCAUGUGUACGCGAUAACGCAUAAGCAAUUCAACUACCUGGCCACCAAUAUUGAUACGGUUCUGCACACCGAGGGCGACACACUGGAAAUGUCCUUCAGCAUUUGGUUGUGCAGUGGCAAGAUUGAAGUGCUGCCUUGCUCCCGCGUGGGGCGUAUAAGUCUGGAUAGGAGUUUUAAAGGCCUGCCCACAUCGACUUUAUUCGAUCGAGGCAAUGCAGCUGUCGGCUGGUGGGAAUGGCGUCAGAGACUAUUCUUCUACUUCUAUCCAAUCCAAGAUCUAUCCAUAGAUCUGUUCGAUCCCUCCCAGGAAAAACUUGGGGGCGUACGCGAUAAAAUAGGCUGUAAGAAUUUCGACUGGUUUCUGAAGCACGUUUACCCCGAAAAAAUGACGCCCUCAGAAUUAGCAACAAAAUAUGGCAGAAUCAAAUCCCCCUAUGGCAAUCAAUGCCUCAGUGAUCAACUGAGGAUAAGACCGGAGGCCAAGAACAGUCUGACUGUAGAGAACUGCCAAGCGGCAACUAAUCCGGCAUUUCUCUUCUUUUUCACCAAAACAAAGCAAUUGCGUUCCGAGUUCAAUUGUAUGGUUGCUAAAAAUGAAGACCCUACACUAGUGGAGCUCGUUUCGUGCAUUGAUAUUCCGGAGAAGUAUUUAAUGACCUGGCAACUGGACCAGAACUCCAUCAGCAUGAAGGUGGGCUCUAGAGCGCUCUGCCUAGAGGUAGCCAAUAUAGUUUAUCCAGUGCUUAAUGAGUGCGAUCCUCAGCGCAAAACUCAAUACUGGGUACUCGAAGGUAUUGAUAGAAACCACUUGACCCCUAUCGACGAUCAAUCUAUUCAAAAUAGUCAAACCGUAAAAGUGGACCAACACGAAUCUGUUGUUCUCAUCGAUCAAAUGAUCGAUAAAUCAUCUGCAGAACACCUUCAUAAUGAAACUACGGAUCAACCGCCUGGACAAGAUUUCGAAAUUUAUAAAGAACUAGAUGAAAAUUUAAAAGUGGAUUCUGAAGAAGGCAAUGGUCUUUCUAACCAGAUAAGCCAAAAAUUUAAUGAAACCAAUAUAUUCAUAAUGAAACUAUGGAUCAACCGCCUGGACAAGAUUUCGAAAUUUAUAAAGAACUAG